GGGGCGGAGGCGGGACUUCCGAGCGCGCGGAGGCACAACUUCCGGAGGAAGGCGGAAGAGCCUGUGGGCUCCGCGCUCAGGAAUCCCGGGGCCGCUGAGGGGCUGCCCGGGGCACGGGACAGGGCCGCCGGGGCGGCCGGGCCGCGCUCGGAGUGUCGGGGCCGCGCGUCUGAGGGAUGAGGAGGGGCCAUGGCCAGCGACGGGGCCAGGAAGCAGUUCUGGAAGCGCAGCAACAGCAAGGUCCCGGGCAGCAUCCAGCACGUGUAUGGCGCCCAGCACCCCCCAUUCGAUCCCCUGUUACACGGCACCUUGCUCAAGGCCACGCCCAAGGCGCCGAGCACGCCGGUCAAGGCCAAACGGGUCAGCACCUUCCAGGAGUUUGAGAGCAACACCAGCGACGCCUGGGAUGCCGGCGAGGACGACGAUGAGCUCCUGGCCAUGGCGGCCGAGAGCCUCAACACCGCCGUCGUCAUGGAGGCGGCCAACCGCGUCCUGCGCAACCACAGCCAGCGGCAGGGGAGCCAGCAGCCGCUGGCGGCUCCGGGGCCCGAGCAGCAGCCAAAGCCUUCGGCGGAGCCCCCGUCGGUCCCCAGCGGGGACCUCCGGCUGGUGAAGUCUGUCAGCGAGAGCCACACGGCUUCUCCCGCAGGAAGCGCCAGCGAUGCCGCCCCUCUGCAGAGGUCCCAGUCGCUCCCGCACUCUGCCACCGUGGUGCUGGGUGGGGCCCCCGAGCCCAGCACCCUCAGCAGCUCAGCCUUAAGUGAAAGAGAGGCCUCCCGGCUGGACAAGUUCAAGCAGCUCCUCGCCGGCCCCAACACAGACCUCGAAGAAUUGCGGAAGUUGAGCUGGUCAGGGAUCCCGAAGCCCGUCCGUGCCAUCACGUGGAAGCUGCUCUCAGGUUACCUUCCUGCCAACGUAGACCGAAGACCAGCCACUCUCCAAAGAAAACAGAAAGAAUAUUUCGCUUUCAUCGAUCACUAUUACGACUCCAGGAAUGACGCCGCUCACCAGGACACGUACAGACAGAUCCGCAUAGACCUCCCUCGGAUGAGUCCCGAAGCACUGAUUCUUCAGCCCAAGGUGACGGAGAUUUUUGAAAGGAUACUGUUUAUAUGGGCCAUACGCCAUCCUGCGAGCGGGUAUGUCCAGGGGAUCAACGACCUCGUCACUCCUUUCUUUGUCGUCUUCAUUUGCGAGCACAUAGACGACGAGGACGUGGACACCGCCGACGUCUCCCGCGUGCCUGCGGACGCGCUGCGCAACGUGGAGGCCGACACGUACUGGUGCAUGAGCCGCCUGCUGGACGGCAUCCAGGACAACUACACCUUUGCGCAACCUGGGAUUCAAAUGAAAGUGAAAAUGUUGGAAGAGCUUGUGAGCCGGAUAGAUGUCGGAACCCGAGGGCUUCGCGCAUUUCCAUUUGUACGUGUGCGCUGCUUUUCUCGUGAGAUGGAGGAAAGAAAUACUGGAAGAAAGAGAUUUUCAAGAGCUGCUGCUCUUCCUGCAGAACCUGCCCACGGCCCACUGGGGCGACGAGGACGUCAGCCUGCUGCUGGCCGAGGCCUACCGCCUGAAGUUUGCCUUCGCGGACGCCCCCAAUCACUACAAGAAAUGAGCCCAGGCCUACCGCAGUGGGCCCCCGGCCCCGACUUCUGGCUGGAUGUAGGCCACAGCCAAGGAGAGGCUUGCUGGAACGGCGGGCCGGGACGGGGCGCUGGAUGUGGUCCAGGGCCUGGUGAGGGCCGGGUGGCCUCUGUUUUCUGAGAUACCAAAGAGAGCCAGGGAGGGUCCCGGCCACACGGGGCCAGAGAGGGGCUGGGCAUCUCCCUCCCUCGACCCUGGAGCAUCCUUGCCAAACGCCCACUUCGUGGAGCCCCCGCCCAGGGUGGCCUGAGAGGUAGACCCUCUCGGAGAGGCCUGCUGUCUGGGUACCGGGGGCAGAGGGAGGUGGCAGCCAUCUCCUACCUACUUGGAAAUUUAAAAUUUCUAUUCUGUUGAGUGAAAGAGAAUAAAAUAUAGACAAAGUCAUACGUGAAACGUUGCACGAGCCUGUGACGUCUCUGUGCCCUUCCAGGCCCUGACAGCCGGCCAGAUCUCUGUAACUUCGUCACUUUAACUUCACUGCCUACUUGCUUUCUUGGCUUAAACUCGGUUGGAAGGUGGACGGCGAGCCUGGGGAGGCUCUGGCUGCAGCGGCUGGGAGCAGAGUGAGGGCUCGAGAAAUUGCCUUACUUUCCAUCCACAACCUCCAGGAACUGAGACCCUCCCCAGCCAGUCCGUCGUAGAGCCUACACGGGCAGGGACCCUUCUGCUGGGCGCUCAGGCUCCGGCCCCGGCCACGCUCACCUGGCCACCUGGACAGGCGGGUCCAGCCGCUCCUGCUCCGUGAUCAGAGCCGUGAAGGCCUCCCCGCCUUCCGCACCCACACACGCACCCACGUGCGCACCUACACCUCGGGGCCGGAGUGGCCCGACCCCUCCCCUCGCUGCAUCUCUGGGUAUCGGGGGUGUUGGACACCCACUUGCUGCUGUGUUGGUCACCGGGGCAGUGAGCCCAGCUGCAGAAGGUUCCAGGCCCGUCCUGCCUGGGGCUCUGCCAGGGCCGUCUGGCUUCCCACACGUUCCCCACCUGGCCGGAGAGCACCCAUCACAGGCGUGUGGCUGCCGGCGGCAUGGGCAUCCCCCCCGGCUCUGGGGCGCAGCCACAGCCUCUGACCCCUGAGCCCAGGACAGGCUCCUGACCACGGUGGCCACCUCUGCCCUCAGACUCUCUCCCCGCCCCGUGCCAGCCCUCCCGGGGCAGCCAGGCCGCUGCCCCAUCUUUGUACGGCUCAGGUGCCAGCGUGCUGCCCGGAGGCUGUGCACCCGUGGUGGGGUGCGCUCCUGAUCUUAUUGAAGGGUUCUUGGGUCAUUACAUGUGCGUGGAAAUCACACAAAAUACUGUGCAGCUGUCAGAAGCCCCCAGACCAGCGGAGGGACCUGCUUGCCUUUGACCAGACGGAGUGCGCCCCCCACCGGCCGGUCCCUGCCCCCAAGCUGGCAUCAGGGCUCCCCCACCCCCCACCCCCCCCCACCCCGGCCCUCUGGCGCGCUGCUGCUUUCCUGCUGGGCGUCCGGUUCCAGGAAGACCCGUCCUGCUUAGACCCCGGGCACUGCCCGCUGCGGCUCAGGUUGUCCGUGCGGCCAAAAUGCUGGGGACGUGAAAGAUGUGUCCCUGGAGGCAGUUUAUUUUUCAAAUAGGAAGAGUCUAUGAAGUUCAGUGAGGCUCUGUGUAUAUUUUCAUGUGUAUGUGAACCUGAAACUGAGCGCGAGGGGUGUUGACGGGGUCCUUGGAGUCUGAGCCAGUCAACCUGAAGUGAUUAGGCUAUUCUGUCUGGAAUGCGAUGUGUGAAACACGGAAUAAAGAUGCAGUGAAA